AUGAUCCGCAGAGAGAAAGCGAAAAUAUGGGGAGAAUGGAAAUGGCGGGCGAAAAGUUGUCAGGGCCCAACGAGUCGAGCGGGUGAAGUGCGCUGGGGUGAGCGAGUGAGCGAGCGAGCGAGCGUGAGCGAAGGCUUGACUCUUCUCCUGGCGGUGGAGCAGUGGAUGGGGAGAGUGGCCGGGGAUGUUGGGCAAGGGUGGAAGGUUAACGCUGGUAGUGGAGUGGUAGCGCUGGUAGCAUUGGUGCUGUUAUUGUGGUGCUGGAGGUGGAGGUUGGCCCGUAUUAUUGUACGCGACCACUCCUGUAUUGGCUUCCAAGGUUAA